AAGUUAGAGUAUCUCGUGCAUUGGAAGGGUUACCCUCGUGAAGAACGGGAGUGGUUGUCGGCCUCCGAACUUAGAAACGCUCCUCAAGCCAUUGCCGAUUUUCACCACAAACAUCCUGCAGCACCACGUCCUAUGCCAACAAUGAGAUUGCGUUUCCAAGCGCUCGAGAACCUAACUGUACCAACAUGA